AUGACUAUUGUCUUACGAUAUGUUGAUAGAAGGGGAAGUGUGAUGGAACGAUUUCUUGGUAUUGUUCAUAUUCGUGAUACUACUGCUUUGUCUUUAAAGAAUGGAAUUAUUGGUUUGCUUGCUAAACAUUCUUUAAGUCAAUCUUAUGUGGACAAUGUUAUAAUGGAGCAAUUUCUAGAAGAUGUGAUGAAAUCACGUCGUAGAAUUGCUGAGUAUACUAUUUUACAUCACUAUCAAGUUGAAGUAUUUUAUAAGAUUAUUGAUUGGCAACGUCAAGAACUCAAUAAUCGCUUUGAUAAGGUGACAACUGAUUUGCUUCUGGGAAUUGCUUGCUUGAACCCAGAUGAUUCUUUUUCUAACCUUGAUAUGGAAAAGAUAUUGAGAUUGGUUGAGUUAUACCCUGAUGAUUUUGAUAAAUACUCUAUAGUUGAUCUUCGCUUUCAGCUUGAAAAUGACAUUGUUGAUGUUAGAGAUCAUGAUAAAAGGUUCUUCGGUCUUAAGGGACUUUCUAAUCUUUCCAAGAUACUCGUAGAGACGAAGAAGCACAAAACUUAUCAUCUUGUAUUUCGACUAGUUAAAUUUGAUUUACUUUUGCCGAUGGCUACCGCUACAGUUGAAAGAGUUUUCUUGGCGAUGAAGUUAAUUAAGACUGAUUUACGAAAUCAAAUGGAUGAUGAACUUUUGAGUGGUUGUUUGACUUCAACAAUCAAUAGUUCAGGCUCAAACACAACUCGUGAACCUGAUCCUCGUAUUGUUGCGACGAAGCGUGAACCUGGUCCUCGUGUUGCUGUGAUAAAGCCUUGCGAUUUUGCUCCAAUGACUAUUGCUCUCAAGAUGAUGAAUUUCGUGAAUAUGCAAUAUGUAUCGUUCUGA